GAAACAGGGAAGAGUAAUCUUCUUCCAAUCUUUAUAAGAUUACAUGUAAUUAUACUUCGAUUGUUUUAGACAACAAAAUUCAAAAUGAUUUCAUGGCAGUGCCUGAAUUCCACAUAUCGCAGUCAUUUUGGUUUAGUCCGUUUAUCUCGUGGGUCGAAUCAGAAGAACUUUUUAAGACGGCAACGUGGAGUCAACCAGCACGAAGCAAAUCGCCAGUAUGCGUCUCACAGCCAAAAACCGGUAGAAUGGCGUCCACCCAACAUGAAUGAUCUACCAGUUCCAAGAGGUUCGUGGAAGACAGCUUAUAAUUCUGUCCAGAAACGUUAUAAUCGCCAGCUAAUCGCAAGUAUUGCUUUUUUUACAGGAACUACUAUCUAUGCGUUCUCUUCAGGAUUUAUUGAUCUUAAUUUGGCACCUCCCAUGAAAAAUCCCUCUGGUGAAACUGAAAGCCAGAAGAGUUCAUCCUCAUCCACUGCAGAAUCUGAGUCUGAGAGAAGCGUCAGCAAGCAGUCUGGUGAUGCCAAAGCAAUGCCUAUUUCUGAUAGACCUGAAGAUAUACCUGAAAUUCCUUCAUCUGUUACAUACCUUUUGAUAGGAGCUGGUACAGCAUCUUUUGCUGCCUUUAGAGCUAUUCGUAGCAAGGAUCCAUAUGCAAAAAUUUUAGUUGUUGGUGAAGAAGAACACUAUCCAUACAUGCGACCACCCUUGUCAAAGGAAUUAUGGUUUAGUGAUGAGAAAGAAACAUCCAAGACUUUGUCAUUUAAACAGUGGAAUGGAAAAGAAAGAAGUAUUUUUUAUGAACAUGAAGAUUUUUACUGUUCACCUCGUGAUCUACCCUUGAAAGAAAAUGGGGGGGUGUCAGUUGUUAGAGGUUUUAGAGUGGUGAAACUUGAUCCAAGUACCAGAAGAGCUUACCUGGAUAAUGGAUGGGAGAUCACUUAUGAAAAAUGUCUUAUUGCUACUGGAGGUAACCCAAAAAAUUUGCCAGUGUUUGAAAAAGCAUCUGAAGAGAUUAAUAAAAAGGUAACUCUUUUCAGAAACAUAAAAAACUUUCAAGAAUUGGAUAGCGUUUCCAGAAAAGCUAAAUCUGUAACAAUUAUAGGAGGUGGUUUUCUUGGAAGUGAGUUAGCCUGUGCUUUAGGAAAACGAAGCAAAACCACAGGCAUAAUAGUUAACCAAGUAUUUCCUGAGGCUGGAAAUAUGGGGAAAAUCCUUCCAGAAUACUUGAGCCAAUGGACCACUGACAAAGUAAAAUCUGAAGGUGUUAAUGUCAUUCCGAACACAUCAGUGAAAGGUGUGAGCUCAAAAAAUAAAAGAUUAAUCCUCCAUUUUAACAAUGGCCAAGAGCUCCUUACUGACCAUGUCGUUGUUGCAGUGGGCCUUGAACCAAACACUGAGUUGGCUAAAACAUCAGGUCUGGAAAUAGAUGAUGUUCAUGGAGGCUUUCGAGUUAAUGCUGAACUUGAGGCUAGGUCCAACCUCUGGGUUGCAGGUGAUGCUUCUUGUUUCUAUGAUGUUAAAUUAGGACGUAGACGUGUGGAACAUCAUGACCAUGCUGUUGUAAGUGGUCGUCUGGCAGGAGAGAACAUGACUGGAGCUGGCAAACCAUACUGGCAUCAGUCGAUGUUUUGGUCAGAUCUUGGGCCUAAUGUUGGCUAUGAAGCAAUUGGUUUGGUUGAUUCCACCAUGCCAACUGUGGGAAUAUUUGCUAAAGCAACUGAAGAGGAUACACCAAAAGCAGUUGUUGAGGCAACGGGUGAAGGAGUUCGAUCAGAAACUGAAUUAAUGGCAAAGGAAACAGAGCCUUCCUCUGUUGAUAUUAAACCUCGACCACCAGUUGUUGGUGAUGAUUAUGGAAAAGGAUGUAUCUUUUAUAUGCGUGAUAAUGUAGUUGUAGGUAUCAUACUGUGGAAUCUUUUUAAUAGGAUGUCUAUUGCAAGAAAAAUCAUUGGUGAAGGGAAGAGUUACGAUGAUCUUAGUGAAGUAGCUAAACUGUUCAAUCUACAUUCUUCAGAAUGAGUAUGUUAAUCAACAGGAAGAAUCUUCAGUAUUAUCAGGAACUGAAAGACAAUCCUGUCCACCGACAUAUGCAAGCUACUUCUGUGGAUCAUCACACCAAAAUCAGCCCUAUGGAUCAGAGAUUGUAGCUGUAGCUUGUGAUCAUGUGUAAAAUUUGAUGAAUGAUUAGUUAAAACAUUAUAUACUAAUCAACUGCUGAUAAGCUGUAUAAACAUUGUUACAUGACAUUUGUAGCAUGGUGUGAUUAGUAGUAAAAUGUACUUCUGCCAUUGUAAUUACUAAAUGUUUGUUUCUGUUUAAAACAUUUAACAAAUGACUUAAUAAUCAAAAGAAAGAAAAGUACAAAAGCCACUAAUAAUUUCUUGAAAUCUUAUUUCAAAAUGUACUGAUAAUGCAAGGUAUAUUGUAAAACACAGUGAUACUGUUAAAUUACUUUAUGUAGUAAAUACUCUUCCAUUAUUCAAAAAACACUGGUAAUAGGAAACCUGGUAUGAAAUUUAUCUUUAUUAUCAUAUAGUGAGUUUUUCUAGUUAUAAAUUGUUAACACUAGUAGAGAAUCUUGCAUGGUGAUAUGACAGUUUUUUUUUGUGAGGUGUUAUCAUAACAUGGCUGUAAAACAUUUUUAGAAUUUUGUAGAAAUUCAUUAAGUAUGUGAAAGUUAAAUUUUAGAACAUUUAAAAAAACUAUUUUUUUCUUCUCUUAAUUCCAUUGACUUUAUUAACCCAGAUCGUACUUAAACGUUAGUUUAAAAGAUUUCAAACUAAGAAGUAUUCUAGUGCUAUAAUGAAAUUGGUAGCAAAUUAUAGUGUGUAACUUGGGAAUAAGUGUAUUAAUAUUAAAUAUUUUGCCUUUUUAGGGUAUAGGGCAUACAAUGAAAUGAUACAUGCAGUUGAAAGUAAAGUAAUUAUCACAUUAGAAAAAUAUUAAUGUAAAUUUGAAUUUUUUUUACUAAAUAACAGGACAGAAUUGCAUGAUGACACAAAAAAGGGGGCAAGAUUGUCCUAUGAUCAUAACCAAACUCUUAAAAUAUUUUGCCACAUGCUUCAGUAAACUUGUGUUUUUAUCUAUUAAGACAUUCGAUUUGGUAAAAAAAUUAUCACUACAUGUACAAUUAAAAUUUAAAAAUAUGUAUUUAUACAUAUAAAUUAAAGCCUAUAUCGGUCAUUUUUGCCAGUAUAGUACAUUUGGGAUUUCAUUUAUUGACAUGUCACUGUGCUGAUCUAAUUCUCAGCAAACGAAAAGCAUCAAAAGAAUGACAAUAAAUCAUUUUUUU